UACCAAGUGCGGAACUGUCUAUUUGCUGACAACGAACAAAUAAACCUAUGUGUGUGCGAACUAGUUAAAAAACAUACGUUUAAAGGAUACAGUCUUUUGAUGUAAUUUGUACGCAUUCGUCAAAUGAAUACAACAAUUUAAAUGGCAUAAUGAUAGGUCAAAUUCGUCAGCUGAUUAUAACUUUGACGUCACUUCCGUGUCAACAAGCAUGGCGGAUGUUUUCGAAAUUUGACUCUGCUGAUCGGAGUAUGUUUUUGCAAGUUUAGCUGCAUAAUUUUGCUUGAAAUGACGGGAAAGGAGCGUUAUCUUGUCGUUAUUUCUGUUUUGGAAGGUCGAAAAUUCCCCAAACGUGCUCGUCACAAGAUUAUUGCUGAAGCUCGUUUUGAUGGAGAGUUGCUUGCUACAGAUCCAGUUGAUCAUGUGGAACCCCCAGAUUUUACACAAGAACUGGCGUGGGAACUUGACAAGAAAGCUCUCCAGCAGCACAGAUUACAGAGAACGUCCAUCAAGAUCCAGUGUUUUGCCUAUGAUGUUCAAAGUACUUUGAAAGAGGCCAUAGGCUAUGUCAUACUGGAUUUGAGAGCUGCGACAACUAAUAAACAGGUUGCCAAGUGGCAUCAGAUUCUUCACUCAAAGUACCACAAGUCAAAGCCAGAAAUCCGUCUGGCAUUAUACUUAGAUGAUGACAAAAACCCAUCACCUGGGAUACUUCCAGGACUGAGUCCAGUCAGACCAAUUGAUGAGGCAGACUUGGCAAAGGGGUUGCAACCACACACUCUCAAGCCAGCCCUGAAUGAAGAUGAAGGAUAUUAUCAGAUUGGUCCUGCCAAGCGACACACAGGACAGUUUGUUUUGUCUGUCACUAUUGCAUAUGCUGCAAAUCUAGCCCAGUUGAUCCCGAGCACCUUGCCACUGCCUGCUAGUGGCGGCUACUUCUUCUACUACUCACUCCUGGGUAAUGACGUGACCAACGAGAGUUUCGCCGACCUCAUCAACCCCAGCUUCCCCGCUGAGCGGGCAUCCGUGAGACUGCGGAGCAGCGUUGAUGCACUCAGGGUCUUCUUUAACAGCCAGCCAGGCAUACAGAUACAUUUGUGUUGCGGAGAUCAGUCUCUAGGCAGCUGUGAGGUUCCAUUAGCUUCCCUUAUCAAGAAAGGCAGCACAGAAAUCUACAUGAAGCCAGUCACCAUAGACGGAGCCUUCCAGCUGAUCCCCCCGAACAAAACCAAACAGCAGCUGCCCCCAAUGGCUUCUGAUCUCACCCCAAAUGUGGGUGUAUCAGUUGUUCUCAGGAAGGAGGAUAUGGCUACAAUGACUCCUGUAAAAGACACAUCGGUUGGUGUGGGUGCAUCCCCAAUAUUAAAGGGGCACCCUGACCAUCAUAGCCCCUCACAUGCUGAGGUUGCACAGCAGGUAAGGCCCAAGGUGACUCAGGCAAAGCCAAGACCAGAGGAGGUGAAGGUCAAGGCCAAAGAGAAGGAAAAGGAUGAGGAUGAUUACACUGAAACAUUUGAGGAUGAAAAUACACCUGACAAUGUCAGUGACCUUGGUGAAGACAAGCAACAUCAUGUUAAACAGUCGAAUGGUGAAGUGGCUCCCCCUGUUGACAGUGUGCAGCCAGAACAGAACCAGUAUCCAACAACAACAGUUCUACACAGCGCAGCAACCCCAAUAUCUGAUAGCACCACCCAGCAUCAUGUGAGCAUUCCAGCACAGUCACACCACUUCAUCUUCUCCAUUGACCUCCGCAGCAUCCGCGACCACAUCUCCACCCACACCAAUAAUGUUUACCUCAAGUAUUCCUAUCCCUUCUUUGGGGUUGCAUCUCCAGUAUUGACAAACCCUCCAGUAGAGAUCAGAAAAGGCAUGGAAGUUCUUCUUCCACAAUCAUUCUGUGCCUUCUCUUUUGCCUGUCCUCUUCAGCAGUUGCAGGACAUGUUCCUCCGAGUUCCCCUUAUAGUAGAGAUUUGGCAUCGAGAUCGACAGUUGUCAAAAGAUAUUCUCUUAGGUGGGGCCAGACUGCCUCUUGGACAGAUCAUUACAGUGGACAAAUCAAAAGUGAUGAACAAUACAGGGGGCAGUGGCUGGAGACAGGAGUAUAGCGACAGGAUAGCAGCAUCCAGUGUGGAUGGGAAGUCAGCCUGUAUGUUUGAGAUCAGCUCAGUUCUGAGCUUGGAGGACUGGGGGCCUCUGCCCACACAACCUGUGAUACCAUCGUCAGAGAGUCAAGGCCUAUCGUCAGGCUAUGCAGCCAGUGGAGUGGAGGCAGGCAGCGGCAUGGAGACGAGCCCCAGACAGUCAGCUGAGUAUAAGGCAGCCCUAGAGCUGGAGAUGUGGAAGGAAGGUCAGGAACAGGCAUUUGAGAAUCAGCUGAAGCAGAAAGAAGCUGCCUACAUGCGUGCUCUGGCAGAGGAGUGGAAAAAGAGAGACCGGGAAAGAGAGGUGCUGCUGCAGAAGAAGGUGGCGGAAUACACCCUGCAUGAGGAGCAGCUGAAGAAGGCCCUGGCCAGUCUGGAGAAGAGAGACAAGCAGCUGGCUGUCAAUGAACAGGAGGUUUUGCGUCUCCGGACAGACCUUCAGCAUGACCAUGAGAGGAAACUGCAAGAGAUGAAGGAAGCCUCACAUCGACACAAGGAGGACUGUGACCACAAAGUAGAACUAGAGAGGAUGAAAGUGAAUGAAUUAGAAGAGUUAGUGUCCAGAUACAAACAAGAGGUUGCUGAUGGAGAUAAGAAGCUCAAGGCAUUAGAGAAGGAAUUUUCUAUAUACAAGGAACAGCAGAACACAAAACCUGAAGUGCGGCUUCAGUCAGAGAUCAACUUGCUCACGUUAGAAAAGGUUGAGCUGGAACGGAAGCUAGAUGCAGUAGGCAAGUCGAAGGUGCACUACAAGCAGCAGUGGGGCCGUGCCCUGAAGGAGUUGGCUCGUCUGAAGCAGCGGGAGCAGGAUGUGGCCCGGGCGCAGCUCAAGAAGCAGCAGCAGGAACUAGAGCACAUGAGGCUGCGCUACCUCGCUGCCGAGGAGAAGGAUGUCGUGCAGGCUGAGAAGAAGGAGCUUGAGGACAUCAAGAACCAGCUUAACAAAUUAAAGUUGAUAGAAGAAGAACGCCUGAAGUCAUCAACCGACUCCAACAACAUGCAACUUAAUAGUCCCAAACAGAUAAACGGUCACAAGUCCCAUGAUCUGGACUCAAGUCUGGAUGAACACAUAACCCGCCUGAUAGAGGAGAGGGAUACCCUACUGAAGACUGGAGCCUACACCACUCAAGACAAGAUCAUUGCAGAGCUGGACAGACAGAUUAGAGAGGCCAUUGCACAUAAAAAUAGCUAACACACUGACAGCAUGCUGAUGGGUAUAUUUUCAGUAUCAAGUGUUACAUAACUAUAUCACCUUUCUGUGAUCAGCCUCUUGUGGGGCUUGUGAGACAGGACAUUGGCUAGAGUGGUCCUAUAGCAUCAUGGGCUCUGUAGUGUAUACCAUAGGUCUAUUGUCAUAUCAUCUUAACUCCCCAGUAUGUUGGAAAUAUUAGUUAUACAGAACUCGUACAUGACCACAUCAAAGCAUGCUGAGUGAGCAGUAGAAAUGUUCUUAGGCAAUAAAUGUGUUAAAGAUAUAGACUGAGAGACAUUUAGCACAGACUGACCAACAAGACCAAAGAGCUGCCUGUCAAAUAUGUUGCACAUAGUAUAUUUCACUGUCAACAGUUAUAACACGGAACAAACCCUUCCCUGACAGAUGAUUAUUGGUUACGGUUAAGAUAGUAUACAUCAAGAACUUUGAAUAGUUUUAACAUUGAUUUUCUCCUGCUAAACCCACACAAAAUUAUCUCCAAGUAAAAUAAUCCACAUUUAUGAUAAAUUAUAUCAACCUUCCCAUGUUAAUCCAUUGUGUCCAAUCUCAUGUUUUUAAUUUGGCAGAAUAUCACCUUUUAAUGCCAAUGCUUGCAAAUUUGGUCUUGGAAACUGAAGUUAUUGAAAUUAUGAAACUCUACUGGUCUAGAGGAAACCUCAGGAUCCAACCUUUGACACAUAGCACUGAAUAACACGGAUUUGUUAUCAGGAGUAGACAUUAGCCAUCAAAAUAUACAUGCCAAAAUGAUGAUGUCAUAUAGGAACAUCCUGCAUAUUGCUGCAGGUUCAACCAGCUCUUAAGGCUACAUAUACCUUCAGUGACUCUGGUAGUCUAGUGCAAAUUUCUAUGCCAGGAUCCAGAUGAUUAUAGUCAGGAAUGUCAUCAUUCAUUCAAAUUCAUGACUCAGUAACAGUCAUUUGUUAUGCUGGAAUUCUGCAAGUCGACACUGGAAACUACCAUCUGAAUCACCAGGGUUUGACUGAGAGUCACCAUCUCCAGCUGUGAGGAGGAUGAAACACAGUAUCCUGCAACCAUCGACAGCUGUUUGUCCAAUAGAAAUGCAGAGUAAAUGCUUCCAUGGAAUCAGUGACCUGAUACAAUGUACAUAUAACAUGCUCAGUUUGUAAACUGUUUGGUGUUAUUUUAGAAUUUACUGCCAAAUAAAUGAUAUUCCUAUGCAUUUAUCAAUAUCCUGGCAUUGUUGGGGAAGUCUUCUGUUUUCGAUGUUUUUUGAAGACAACCAUGUAAGACAGUGAAGCAAGGUGUAUCUGAGAACUAGCAUUGACAUGACAAAUUAACUAUAGUCAUAUGAUGACAUCAGGUGUUUUGUAAUGUCUUUGGAGCAGUACAUAUUUUGAUGUAUGCAAUUCUGUUUAAUAUGGGCAACAGACAAACUACUGCUCAUUUGAUAAAAUAAAAUAUCACAAUGAGCUUGAUUUUCCCGAAGGAAGAUAUACCUGUGAUGUAAGGUGGAGAGGAACUAAGUGCUUGGUAGGUCAUAGCAGUGCCAUUAUUGUUGCUGACCUGUGUACCUGUGUAAAUAUAAUAUUUACAGGCAUAGACAUUACAAUGAUGCCUUGACUGUUAGCUUUCAUCUAGAAUGUUUUAUAUCUUAGAUGUUUGUAAAGUUUGAAUCUUAUAUUAAACUGUAGGAAUCUCUGUAAAUAGUUUUGUAAAUAUAUUUAUUGUUGACAUGUGUCAAUGUAAUCAUUUUGUAAGAAUUUGUAAAUAUGAAAUAAAUUUAUAUCAGGACAAACAUUUA